GAAAAGCAAAAGGGAAAUGCAUUCCAUCAUUAUCCAGUCCAGAAUAUCUGGCAACUAACUGAAUUAUACAAACAAUAUGGAACUCGCAUAUAUCGAGCAAGACCCCAACAGUGCACCGCAUGCUGUCCAGAACAGAAGCCCACCGGAGCAUAUCGAACGAAACCCUAACAGCGCACCGCAUGCAGCUAAGAAUAGAAGUCCUUCUAAGCCCCCUUUUCUCUAUAUACCAGAGCACAACGACAAAUACCCCGUCUUUCCUCAGACUCAAACGAACAGUCUGACGGGACCUAUCAUAUGGACAUGAUAUACCACCGCAGCCGCAGCCACCUACAGAUGGGGAUGGUUCGACGGCCGUGAAGAGGAAUAGGUAAUGGCUGUGUAUUUUAUGUGUUGGUUUUGGUGUUGCUGUACUUUUGGUCGUGAUUAUUGUGCCGUCGGUAGUCGCUACUGCGCACUAAGGAGGGAUUCCAAUCUAACUAGAUCUUCAACUCUCGCCCCCUUCCUACAAUAUAUGUACCUUUGUAUGUAUUGGCACCUUCGUCUGGCCCUGACCUAGUGAGCCACGCUGGUUGGAUCACAAGCACUUCCCUCUGUAGUGCGUGCAUACUCACCGUCACCAGUAUACAGCGUUGAGAAAGUAUUGGGGGUCGAAAUU